AUGUCCCCCCGACUGUUCGACGGCCUGGUCCUCCCAGCCUCGGCGGAUUUCCAUGUCCACCUCCGCGAGGGCGCAAUGCUCGAAGCCGUCACGCCCACGAUCAAGCAAGGCGGCGUGGACACGGUUUUUGUCAUGCCGAAUCUAGUUCCGCCCAUUACCACGGUCGAACAUGCGCUAGCAUACAAGUCCGCCAUCGCCAAAUAUACCGACGCAAAGUGUCUGAUGUCGCUAUAUCUACACCCUUCCAUCACUCCAGCUACGAUCCGCGAGGCCAAGAAAGCUGGGAUCUAUGGAGUCAAAUCGUACCCGGCGGGAGUCACGACCAAUUCGGCGUCCGGAGUCGUGGACUAUGAGCAGUUCUACCCGGUCUUCAAAGCAAUGGAGGAAGAAGACCUCGUUCUGAACCUGCACGGCGAAGCACCGCCUGCCGAGGACAUCACGGUGCUCAACGCCGAGGAAGCAUUCUUGCCCACUCUGCUCGAUCUGCAUCGUCGAUUCCCCAAACUCCGCAUUGUCCUAGAGCACUGCACGACUGCCGCCGCCGUGGAAGCUGUCAAGAAAUGUGGGCCCAAUGUUGUCGGCACCAUCACGGCUCACCAUCUCUCUCUGAUCAUUGAUGACUGGGCUGGCGAUCCGAUCAACUUCUGUAAACCCGUGGCAAAGCUGCCCAGUGACCGGGUGGCCUUGCUCAAGGCCGCGACGAGCGGUAAUCCCAAAUUCUUUUUGGGCACCGACUCGGCGCCGCAUCCUUUGAGAGCGAAGAAAGGCGGUCUGGGCGCCCACGAUGCGGGAAAGUGUGCGGCCGGUGUAUUCACUCAGCCGUAUGCGACGCAGCUUGUGCUGGAGGCGUUUGAGGACGCUGUGGCCAAGGGAGUUGUUGGACAGAGCCAGUUGUCCAAGGAGGUACUGGAAGGGUUCCUUGGUGCCUUUGGUCGGAAUUUCUAUCAGGUCGAGCCUAGCCGUCAGAAGAUCAAGAUCUCCGCCAAGGACGAGAAAGUGAUCCCGAUGUUGUCGGUCAGCGGCGGCUCCGGGACAGACUCGACGGCUGCAGACGUUGUCAUUCCUUUCAGACGGAACAGCCCCAUCUACUCGUUGGAAUGGAUUCAAGCGUAG